AUGUCGUCAAAUACGGAGGAAUCAUCCAAAAAAUUAACAAUUUCAUCAUCGGGAAGAAAUUCAUCCCAAUCACGAGGAAGACCCGUUUCCGAUCCAUAUUAUGUACCAUCUACUCCGGAGAGAGUUGGGCGAGAAGACGAUCAUUCAUUAAUUCCGCAAAGUAAAAGAGGAUCGUCAUCCUAUCGGACCAACACAGCUCAUGAUGAUGGAGGAAACUCGAAUGAAAUGCCUGCACCUUCACGACCCUAUUAUAAAGAGGAUCAUCGGAAUAAACGUGGACCAAACAACAAAUUUCAAACAACAACCAAGAACGACAGGCAUCAUCAAUGGGAAAAUAAUAUGACUCCAAUCAGAGACUAUGACAGGGAUGAACGACGAAAAACACCUAAUAUGAACAAUAACAAUACCAGAAAUUCGGAUUGGGAAAAAUCACCAGCUAGGCCUCAACGAGACUCGUCAUCAUCUUCACAACAAUAUAAUCGAGGUUCCGAGAGAAGAUUAGGAAGUAGUAGUACUGCCAACAGCGGCGGAAUUUCUCAAUACAACAAUAGAAAAUAUCAACAAGAAAAUAGGAAUACUUAUUCACGACAAGGUUCUAGAUAUUCAAAUUAUUCACAAGCUUCCUCAGAGAAUAGAUCGGUGGCUUCUUCAUCACGAAAUUCUGUAAGAUCCUCACCGAAUUUGUCUAUUAACCAAUCGAAUAAGGAUCCUCUCGAUUGGAGAAAUGAAGAAACAGAUCCGGACGAAAAUAUUCUUGAUUUAGAACGACAAUGGUAUGCAGAGGAUAGUGAAGUUGUUGACUUUACACAAGACUCAUCAUUGUUUUUGGGAGAUGAAGCAAAGCUCAAAAAACGAGAAGAAGAAUAUAAGAAAAAUAAGCAAUUAUUGAAAAGAGAUCGUAGAAUUUCUGCUCAAAAAUCGCAACAACUCAAAGAUCAUGAUGCUUGGGAAAGGAAUAGAAUGUUACAAACUGGUGUUGCCAAUACUCAAGACUUUGAUCUUGAUGAAUCUAUGGAACAGGAGCAAACGGUACAAAUUAUUUAUCAUGACGUGAAACCCCCAUUUUUGGAUGGCAAUGUUUCAUUUACCAAGCAAAUAGAGCCAGUACUUCCUGUUAAAGAUGUCACAAGCGAUAUUGCUGUUGCCUCAAGAAAAGGAAGUGCAUUAUUGAAAGAAAUGCGAACGAAAAAAGAAAGAAUGAAGGCUGUGAAAGAUAAAUUCAAAAAUAGAGGAACUUUGGGCAAGAUAUUGAAAGAAAACGUAGAGCAAGAUGAGGAUGACGAGAGAUUGAUCCACAAAAAACUUUUAGAUGCUUCUUUAUCGACAGACAAGGUACCAACACAAACCAAGGAAGAACUUCGACUCUUGGCAAAACAAAAAAGAGAAAAACUACCAAUUUUCCAUUGUAAGAAUGAGCUUUUGCAAAUUAUUAAGGAACACAAUGUCAUCAUCAUUGUAGGUGAGACAGGAUCAGGAAAGACCACACAAUUGACCCAAUACUUGUACGAAGCAGGUUAUGGACAACUUGGAAAAAUUGGAUGUACACAGCCAAGACGUGUGGCAGCCAUGUCUGUUGCAAAAAGAGUCUCUGAAGAAAUGGGUUGUGACUUGGGCUCAACUGUAGGAUACUCGAUACGUUUCGAAGACGUCACAUCUGACAAAACAAUUAUCAAGUACAUGACAGAUGGUGUACUUUUGCGUGAAUCGCUUCAUGACACCUACUUGGACCAAUACAGCGCCAUUAUUAUGGAUGAAGCUCACGAAAGAUCACUUAACACAGACGUUCUUUUUGGAAUUUUGAAAAAAGUCGUAGCCAGACGAAGAGAUUUAAAGCUCAUUGUCACCUCUGCCACCAUGGAUGCCCAGAAAUUUUCCAGCUUCUUUGGAAUUGUUCCAGUCUAUACCAUUCCUGGAAGAACCUUUCCUGUCGAUACACUCUACACAAAGAACCCUGUUCAAGACUAUGUAGAAGCAGCAGUGAGGCAAGCCAUACAAAUUCACACCUCCACACCCACCGAUGGUGACAUUCUUAUCUUUAUGACCGGUCAGGAAGAUAUUGAGGUCACAUGUUAUGCCCUUGAAGAAAGAAUUGCCGAGCUCAAGAAAGAUGACGAGCAUGUUGCUGAGGAGAGUAGAGUUCCAGACCUCAUUGUGCUUCCAAUUUAUUCAAUGCUUCCAUCUGAAUUGCAAGCAAAGAUUUUUGAAAGAGCUCCAAAAGGUCAACGAAAAUGUAUUGUAGCUACCAAUAUUGCAGAAACAUCACUCACAGUUGAUGGUAUUCUGUAUGUGAUUGAUACUGGUUUUUGUAAAUUGAAAGUAUAUAAUCCAAAGGUCGGUAUGGACGCUUUGCAAGUAUAUCCAGAAAGUCAAGCAGCUGCCGAUCAGAGAUCAGGAAGAGCCGGAAGAACAGGACCUGGUAAAUGUUUUAGGUUGUUCACCGAGUCGCAAUAUAAGAAUGAAAUGCACAAGACGACCAUUCCUGAAAUUCAGAGAACCAACUUGGGAAAUGUGGUCUUGCUUCUCAAAUCUUUAGGAAUUAAGAAUUUAUUGGAAUUUGAUUUUAUGGAUCCACCACCACAGGACAACAUGAAAAACUCCAUGUAUCAAUUGUGGGUUCUAGGAGCAAUUGGUAACAAUGGAGAAUUAACAGAGUUGGGAAAAAAGAUGGUGGAGCUUCCUCUCGACCCACCUCUCUCUAAAAUGUUGAUCUAUGCAGAAAAGCUUGGAUGCACCUUUGAAGUAUUAACCAUUGCAAGUAUGCUCUCUGUGCCGACUGUAUUCUAUCGACCAAAGGACAGAGAGGAAGAAGCUGAUGCUGUUCGAGAGAAAUUUUUUGUUCCAGACAGUGACCAUUUAACACUUCUCAAUAUUUAUCAACAAUGGAAAAACCACGAUUACUCUGCUUCGUGGUGUUCGGAACAUUUUAUUCAUUUUAAGGCCAUGAGAAAGGUAAAAGAAGUACGAAUUCAAAUCGAAGAUAUUAUGAAAAAGAAUGGAAUUGAAAUUAUCUCUUGCAAUAUGAAUUUAGAGUCUGUGAAAAAAGCAAUUUGCUCUGGUUACUUCCAUCACGCCGCAUCUUUGAAAGGAAUUGGAGAAUAUGUGAACAUGAUGACGAGUAUGCCAUGUAGCUUGCAUCCCACAAGUGCUCUUUAUGGAAUGGGAGUCACUCCAGAUUACAUUGUUUAUCACGAAUUAGUCAUGACCACAAAAGAAUAUGCCUUAAUGGCUACAACAAUUGAUGGCGCAUGGUUGGCAGAAUUGGCACCCACAUUUUUCAGUGAGAAAAUUCCACAUGUCACUCGUGAGGCAAAGAGAAAGGAAAUUAAGCAAAAACUAGAACAAGAAUACCGUAAUGAAUUACAAAACGAAAAACUGCAUGCUACAAAAUCUUCAACAAGCUCACGGCGAUCCACUGCUACAUCAUCUUCUACCAUUGUGACACCUGGUGCUCCGUCAUCCACACGAAAAAGUACCGCUUCAACAUUAACCGCAUCAACCUCAAGAAAUGCAAACGAUGGAACAGCAGAAAGACGAAAAACUACUCCAAGAAGAAUUGGACUGUAA